CGCUGACGCGGCGCUGGAGCGGCGCUGGACGUGCUGACGUGGCGCUGUGCUGGCAUGGCGCUGGUGGCGGGUCUGUCGUUGCCGGUGGCGGUGCUGGUGGCUGUGUCGCUGCUGCUCGGGGCGCUCAUUCUCCUCAUCUCAGCGGCGCUGGCGGGGCCCCGGCCUGAGGCUGAGGGGAGCGGGGUCGACCAUGAGGAGAGCAGUAUCGUGGGGAAUGGAGUGGCAGAGAAGCAAACCACGUCAAAGAAGCAGAAGAUGCAACGCUUCCGCAAAGAGAGGCUGCAGCAGCACGUGUUCAGCCACCCUGUGCUGGCAGCCGCCCUCAAGGGUCACAGUGGGAAUAUAAGCUGCCUGGAUUUCAGCAGCAAUGGCAAGUACCUGGCGUCCUGCUCUGACGACCGCACAGUGCGUGUCUGGAGCACCAAAGACUUCCUGGAGCGGGAGCAUCGCUGCAUGAGAGCCAACGUGGAGCUGGACCACGCCACGCACGUGCGCUUCAGCCCCGACUCCAGAGCCUUCAUCACUUGGCUGGCAAAUGAAGAAACCGUCCGGGUUUUCAAAAUGACCAAGAAGGACGAUGGCUCGCUCACAUUCAGUGCCUCUGUGGACGAUUUCCCCAAGAAACACCGCUUUCCCGUCAUCAAUAUCAGCAUUGCAGAGACUGGAAAGUUCAUUAUGUCUGCAGCUAGUGACACAACCAUCCUGAUCUGGGAUCUGAAGGGAGAGGUGAUGGCCACAAUUAACACUAAUCAGAUGAACAAUGCAUUUGCCACUGUGUCUCCCUGUGGAAGGUUUGUAGCCUCUUGCGGUUUCACACCAGACGUGAAGGUUUGGGAAGUAUGUUUCACCAAAUCGGGUGAGUUCCAGGAAGUACUCAGGGCUUUCGACCUAAAGGGGCAUUCUGCUGGCGUUUAUUCAUUUGCUUUCUCCAAUGAUUCCAGAAGGAUGGCAACAGUUUCCAAAGAUGGGACGUGGAAACUGUGGGACACGGAUGUGGAGUACAAGAAGCAGCAGGAUCCAUAUCUGCUACUGACCAUAAAGUGUGAUGUAGCGGAUCCGUGUCACAUUGCCCUGUCGCCCGAUGCAAGGGUUGUGGCUAUCUCCAGUGGUUUCAGCAUCAGUGUUUAUAACGCCAAGACUGGUGAGAAGGAGGAGGAGUUUUUAAAUGUGCACGGAGAGGAAAUUGCGGACUUGGCCUUUGAUGUAAACAGUAGAUUUUUAGUGUCGAGCGGAGACCGAGCAAUUCGUGUCUUUCACAAUGUGGUCGGCUAUCGUGCGGUCAUCACAGAGAUGGAGGCCAUGCUCAAGAAACCAACAAGCGAAGCCAUGCGGGAGAGACUGCAGCAACAGAUAAGCAAUGCUCAAAGCGCACUAGACUCAGUGUGUACCAAAAAACAGUAAGGCCUCAAACAGUGUAACCAGUGUGUGUGUGCGUGCGUGGUGUGUGUGUGCACAGUGUAGCCUCACUGUGUAUGUGUGUGUGUGCGUGUGUGUGUGUGUGGGGAGGGGGGGUGGGCAGUGUAACCUCACUGUGUAUGUGUGUGCGCGCGUGUGCGGGGGUGGGUCAGGUGGUUUCACUGCUUUUAACUGUUUAGCAUCGGAAGCGGUGCUGUCCCAUGUUCUCGGGAUUGAAGUGUUGAUUGCUCCACACAUUGAUAACAAAGGCUGAUUUCUGCAGCUGUUGCUGUAGCUGAAAUUUUGGAGCUUGGAAAAGAAAAUACAGAUUUCCAGAAUCUUCA